UCCGUCAACCGGAAAGAAGUCGAGACGCCAUUUUGUGUAUUUUAUAUAAGUUAGAGUCGCCGUGCGGAAUAGUUUAUUUUUAAAUAGAUAAAUACGUUUUAAUCAAUAUCUCAGCCGGAUGUCCAGUUAUGCGUGAUUAGUGGUUACGAGGCGUUUUGCAAGUUCGUGGUUCACAUCGUCGGCGACCGGCACGUAUUGAUGUGUAGAUCGUUUCUUGUGUGAGCGGGAGUGAGCAACAGCGAGAUGGCUAACAAAACGGCCAUUGGAAACCACCAGCAGCAGCCGCAGCAACAACAGCAGCCGCCGCCGCAGCAAGCCGGUGGAAGCGCCAAACCGGCCUCCACCAUCAAACAAGGCAACGUGCUGCCCUUGUGGGGCAACGAGAAGACCAUGAACCUGAACCCGCUUAUCCUCACCAACAUCCUUUCCUCGCCCUACUUCAAAGUGCAACUGUAUGAACUGAAGACUUACCACGAGGUCGUGGACGAGAUCUAUUUCAAGGUUACUCACAUUGAGCCAUGGGAAAAAGGGAGCAGGAAGACUGCAGGCCAGACAGGAAUGUGCGGAGGGGUUCGUGGUGUUGGAACAGGAGGUAUUGUUUCAACUGCCUUUUGUCUACUGUACAAACUGUUUACCCUGAAGUUAACUCGCAAACAAGUGAUGGGUCUUAUAACACACACUGACUCUCCAUACAUCCGCGGUUUAGGAUUCAUGUAUAUUCGGUACACACAACCUCCAGCUGACUUGUGGGAUUGGUAUGAACCCUUUUUAGAUGAUGAAGAGGAGCUAGAUGUAAAGGCCGGAGGAGGGUGUGUCAUGACUAUAGGAGAAAUGAUUCGUUCGUUCCUUACUAAACUGGAAUGGUUCUCUACUUUAUUCCCAAGAAUUCCAGUUCCAGUUCAAAAGAAUCUGGAUCAAUAUCUCAAAACUCGCCCCAGGAAAAUUGGCAAAAAAGACGGGAAAGAUGCAGUAGAAGACAUUGAACGUGUCUCAGAACGUAGACAUUCAAGGUCACCACGAAGAUCGCUAAGUCCUCGUAAAUCUCCCAGGCGGUCUCGAAGCAGAAGUCGUCAUAGAGAAGGCCAUGGUUCCUUUGGUUUUGAUAAGGAAUUGGAAAGGGAGCGAGAGCGGCAGAAAAGGGAACGAGAGCAGGUUAAAGACAGAGAGAGGAGUGAGAAGGAUAGACACAAGUCGAGAAGCACAGACAGGGGCAUAGACCGCAGGCGAAGCAGAAGCAGAGAUCGUCACAGAAGUCGAAGCAGAGAUAAAAGGAAUGAUAAAAAAGAUAGAGAUAAAGAGCGGGAGAAGGAAAAUGAAAGAAGCAGAAGGAGGGACAAGGAUUAUGACAAAGAUAAAGAAAGGGUAAGUGAUAGAGAUAGGGAGCGAAUUGUUGAAAAAGAACUGGAGAGAUCUAGGGACCGAGAUAAACGUAGCCGAUCAAAGACCGAAGACAGAAAACGUAAGGAAGAGAGGAGAGAAAAGGAUGAAAGAAAACAUAAAGAUGAUAAAAAGGAUUCAAGAAAAGAUAAAAAGCAUAGCAGAAGUAGGAGCAGAGAGAAAAAGCAUCGGAGUAUUAGUCCUGGGAAGGGUCAUGUCAGCAAACGCAGCAGGAGCAAAAGCAAAGAAAAGUCGAAACAUCGAAAUGAACAUAAAGAGAAAUCAAACAAAAGAAGCAUUAGCAGAGAAAGGACUGAUGAGAAUGACAGUGAACGACUAAAGAAACAGUGUAGCCAUGGUAAAGAGAGAGCUCACAAACGCAGUCGAAGCAAAGAACGAUCUCACAAGCAAAGUCACGGUGAUGGUAAGGACCAAACAGGCAAACCAAGUCACAGAAGUCUCAGUACAGAAAGAGAGGACAAAUCCAAUGCAGAAGGGUGGUUACAAGGCAGUACCACUGAUGAUGAAUGAAAGUAAAUCGCUAAUUGUACAGUGAUUAAAUUGUUUUGCUUUUGAAUAUUUUUUUUAAAUUAUGCUAUGGCUAGGAUAAACACAUGUCUUUGAAUUCCUGUAGCCUGCAGAUGAUAUUUCCUGUGUGUAGGAAGUGCCUUUGGUAACCAGCUGUUCAAUUUACCAUUGUAAUUCAAGACCAAUUUUAUUCUGUAUAAUGUAGAUGAUACAGGAUUUGUUUUUGGUUGAAAUAAUGUUUUUGCAAGUAUACAAUGUACAUAUGUUGAGAGUUUUAAUCAUUGG